ACUCGUAAGCGUCCGCGACCACCAGGAGGGAGGAGAGCAUGAUUCAGUCUGCACACAAGCCGUCUCCGUCUACGAACGCUGCCUCGCUGUCGUUUCAUAUUCAUUGUAAUUCAAACGGCGUUUCGUGUACGCGUGCGCGUGCGGCAUAGCACACUUCUUACCUGUCCGGCGUGUUUAAAAAAACAAAAACCAUCACGGAACUCUGCGGUUCACCUGAGACGCACGAGGACGUCGUUUGCAUGAAACUGUUGCCAGAUAAAAGCAGUGGAUGCAACUCCGCUCCCUUUAUAGAAGAGAGGUGGAAGAGUGGGAGAGAGCCUGAAGAGGACCAGCUGACCUCCGGCGGAAGCCCCUCAGCCAAGAUUCCCCCCAAACCCAGCCUGAAGCGCACCAUGUCCCUGACCACGUUUCACCUCAUGCAGACGCUUAAGAACUCCCCCGCUGCGCUGCGUCGCCGCUUUCGCCGCGACCGCACCGAGUCUUUAUCCCACGGCGACCCCCUCUUCAAGGUCCACUACUUGGGCACGGAGAAAAUCUUCUCCCUGGAUCGAGAGCAGGCCCAGGACGCCAUUGGCCACUUGCUGGACGGUAUCUCCAACGGGAAGAAGCUGAGCAAGGAUCACGCCCUGGUGGUGCGGCCAAGGUACGUGGAGGUCAAGGAACUGAGCACGGGUCGGCAGCUCACGAAGACGUACCUACAGGACAUUGCGUACUGUGCCGCGGAUGCCAACCGGCCCAACGUCUUCCUGUACAUAUGCAAGCAUCAGGGGCAGCAGCUGCAGUGUCGAGUGUUCUGGUGCAGCCGGGCCGAGCGGGCACGAGACAUGACAGCUUGCCUGGCGCAUUCUUUCCAGCGGGCGCUGAGCGACUGGCAGCAGGACGGCUCGGCCACGCUGCCGCCGGGGGAGGGGAAGGGAAAGCGCGUCGAGGAGUCGGCAAACUCUGCUGCCAUCGCCAAGAGCUCCACGAUGCCUGCCAGUCUGGGAAAAGUUCGCUGGAAGAAGAGGGGCAGCUCUGCGUCUCACAGCCCCCUCAAAGCCAUCACGAGAAGAGGAUCUGACGCCGACAGCUGGAGCUAAACCCCCCCCCCCGCCUUGCGUAAACCCCUUGGAACAUAGGACCCCAUUAACCUGACGACAACCUCAAGGAUGGCAGCGCUAAUGGGAGUGAUUACAAGACUGAAGCAAGGACAAUGGGGAUGAAACCGGGAAGUGGGGAUAGUCCAUAUAUGGAUGUAUGAGGACUGGAUGUUGCCGUAAUCAGGGACCAUAUGGACCUGAAGGUUUGCAGCCAAGUUGUCUGUUGACUUUCGCAAGCGUGGCGUCCAAUGCAGAACAAAACGCUGUUGACGGCUAACUUUGUUCACAUGUCAACAGCUAUGUGAGGACUUGUGACCGGUUCCAAGCCUUAAGUGGACCCGACUGGCUCGUCUCUGUGGCUCUUUUUGGUCUGCUUGAUGCUUUAGCCACGGAAGAGUUGGAGAGAGACUAUUAAAAUACGGACAGCAGCUGUCGGCCAAAUGAUCCACAGAUGACGACCAAAAACUGGAAAAAGAUGACGAGAGCUUUUUUUUUUUUGUAAGGCUGAGUUUUAUUUAACUGACAUCUGUGACAGGUCAUGAUGAUUUCAUUUUAUUAUUAUUUAAUUUUUUUUAACCCUUUGGCACACUUUGUCUUUUUUAAUUUUUAAUCGGAUGGAUAAACCACCCUUUUAAAUUACGUUGUGAGUAUUGGCCAAGAUUACACAUCGAUGUCAAGAUACAGACAGAAAUGGCAGGCAUGUCAUUUAAAAUGUUCAGUAAACAUCAUUAUCGUCUGCAAUGCACCUUAUGCAGUUAGUCGUUGUCGAGUACUUUCUGCAAAAUUUUUCGUCUGAACGCAUCAGUUUAAUUCAUCGUCGACAAAUCCAGUUUUAUCAUUUAUUUUAUUUUAAAGAAGUCAGUAGUAGAAGUAGCACCUGCAUUAUAAAAAAAAGGACCCCAGCAGAACCUGCGGGGUCAACAAAAACCUCCCUUAACGCACCACAGCAGCGUCCUGCAAAAAAACAAAACAACCCAGAUCCAGAAUUGCAUUGAUGUAGGGAACUGCGCCCUCAGUUCUGACUUGCAGGGUUUGUUUGUGUCAGAACACUAGGAACGCUGUGUUCCCAUGUGGCGCCUCUGUGUGGAAUGCAUGACCAUGCACCUGAAUUCCACUUUGGGGGAGGGGGUUUAAGAAAUGUCCAACCAUGACUGCAUAUUGAGCUGCCUUGUCAGUGGAUGCUGCAAUGGGCUUUUGACGUUGAGGCCUCGUUCACGUUACCGAAGCCAUAAAAGGGCCCAUAACUACUUGUGUGGCGUGUGCCCUAUUGCAUAAGAUGCUCUCAUGGUGGUGCUUUCUGUCUUAUGGUUUACAACUUUAAGAUCAGUGGUACACCCUGAGGCUGCCAUUCACUUUGUGUGAAGUGCAAUACUAAGCUAGCGAUGUCGCCUUGUUUUUUUUUUUUUUUUUUUUUAUAAACAGGAAGGGUGUUUUUGACUGUGCCACAAGGUUUUUAUCCGUUAAUUUUAACAUUUUGUACUCAUGAUGCGUCUUUCCAGUUACAAAAGGCACAGGCCCGAUCUCAGAAAAGGGGGUUUGAGUGCCUGCUUUAAGGUGUAUUUUAUCAGAGUGUACUGUUAUGUCAUUGUACAUAUUUAAUGAAAUAUGUAUAUAAUGAAAUAUUAAAACUUUUUAUACAACA